GACCCAUCCCCGAGUGAUAUUUAUUGGCAAAACAGAUAUUUGGAACCCCUUAAAACUAGACCAACAUCUACCCAUCACAUCAAUUAAUACAAAACAACUUUUUUUGGGCAAGUGCCUUCUGUCUUAUGUAAUAUUUCUGGAUGAAUUUGCUUCUCAGUUGGUUCAUCCAAUGAAGCAAUUCACACAAGUAUACAGGAAUAAAUAAAUAAAUAAAUAAAUAAAAAUAGCAUCUUGUUUCUAAAUGCCAUUAGGCAGCAGAUGAGACCAUAAACCAAACCCCACCGUGGGUGAGGUCUUAGUGUUGCUGGCCUGCAAAGUGGAGUUUGUUCCAAAUUCUAUAGUCAUACUCAGAGAAUAAGGACAAAGACCACCAAACGACCCAUCCCAUACAAUCAGAAACGUAACAAACAAAACACAACCCAUCAAAUGGGUCAAAACACCGAAUACCCAGAACCCACAAUCGCUCUCAAAGCUCUCUCUGUUGAUCCAUUUUUUCCGUCUCAAAAACAUGGUCAUUUCAUCAAACAGCAGGAACGCAAUUCAAAUACUUGCCUUUGGAUUUCACUUUCUCGUUCUCCUCUGUUCCAAGGCCAAUGCCAAGUGCUCCCGCGGCUGUGAUCUCGCCCUGGCUUCAUACUACGUGUGGGAUGGCUCAAACCUCACCUACAUUAGAAAAAUCUUUGGCCGCGAAAUCUCGGAAAUUCUCAAGUACAAUCCCCAAAUCGAAAACCAAGACAGCAUCGACACUGGCUCCAGAAUCAACGUGCCGUUCCGGUGCGAUUGCCUGAACGGCGAUUUCCUGGGCCACACCUUCGAGUAUACGACUCAAUUUGGAGAUACGUAUGAUAGGAUUGCAGAGAGGGCAUUUUCGAACCUCACUACUGAGGAUUGGGUUCACAGAGUGAAUGAGUAUCCACCGACUCGGAUACCGGAUGAUGUUCAGAUUAAUGUGACGGUGAACUGCUCCUGCGGCAACCGGAGAGUGUCGAUGAAGUAUGGGUUAUUUGCGACGUAUCCUCUCAGGGACGGUGAGAAUUUGUCGACCGUGGCGGCGGCGGCUGGCAUCACCGACGAUUUGGUGCGGCGGUAUAAUCCGGCGGCCGAUUUUAGUGCUGGGACUGGGCUAGUGUUUGUGCCGGCCAAAGAUCAAAAUGAAACCUAUCCACCACUGAAGUUAAGCAACAGCGGGAUCUCCAGUGGAGUCAUUGCUGGCAUAUCUGUGGCUGGAAUUGUGGGCUCUUUGCUUUUUGCCUUUUUUCUGUUUGCUCGAAUUUGUAAAAGGAAGAAGGUGAAAAAAGUACUGUUUUUCCCGGCAGCAUCUGAACAACAAUAUAUGCAACAUAGACAAGCUCAUGGAAGUGCCUCAGAAGAGACUUCAGAUUCAGCUGCUCUUGUUGGUGCUGCUUCUCUGGGGCUCGUAGGUAUAACUGUGGACAAAUCUGUGGAGUUUUCAUAUGAAGAGCUGGCCACAGCUACAGACAACUUCAGCUUGGCUAAUAAGAUCGGCCAAGGUGGCUUUGGAUCUGUCUACUAUGCAGAGCUGAGAGGCGAGAAAGCUGCAAUCAAGAAGAUGGACAUGCAAGCAUCAAAGGAGUUCCUUGCUGAACUGAAGGUUCUAACACAUGUUCAUCACCUGAACCUGGUGCGCUUAAUAGGAUAUUGUGUCGAGGGUUCCUUAUUCCUAGUCUACGAAUUCAUUGAUAAUGGAAAUUUAAGUCAUCAUUUGCGUGGUUCUGGGAAGGAUCCAUUGCCAUGGUCCAGUAGGGUGCAAAUUGCCCUUGAUUCAGCAAGAGGGCUUGAGUAUAUUCAUGAGCAUACAGUUCCUGUGUAUAUUCAUCGUGAUAUUAAACCAGCAAACAUUUUGAUAGACAAAAAAUUUCGUGCAAAGGUUGCAGAUUUUGGGUUAACAAAACUAACUGAAGUUGGAAGUGCUUCAAUACCUACACGUCUUGUGGGUACAUUUGGAUACAUGCCUCCAGAAUAUGCCCAAUAUGGUGAUGUUUCCCCUAAGAUAGAUGUAUUCGCUUUUGGAGUUGUCCUUUAUGAACUCAUAUCUGCCAAGGAAGCCAUUGUCAAGACAAAUGAACCUAUUAUGCCCGAGUCAAAAGGACUUGUUGCUUUGUUUGAGGAUGUUCUCAGCCAGCCUGAUCCAAGAGAAGAUUUUGUUAAGCUUAUAGACCAGAGGCUUGGAGAUGACUACCCUCUUGACUCAAUUUGGAAGAUGGCCCAUCUUGCCAAAGCUUGCACACAGGAAAAUCCUCAGUUGAGACCAAGCAUGAGGUCAAUUGUCGUUGCACUAAUGACACUUUCAUCAUCAACCGAAGAUUGGGAUGUUGGGUCCUUCUAUGAAAAUGAGGCUCUGAUGAAUCUAAUGUCAGGAAGGUAGCAUGUAUCCAAACAUGUCCCCUUCUGAUGAUUUCACAAGUAUCUCUUCUCUCAUGUAAAUCAACCCUUAUUACCCAUUUCAAAUACUAUUGUCAUGUAUAAUUGUGUGUAAUUAAGCCUUGUGGGAGGUUAUAGAUUUUUCUUUUUGUAGGACAAUAUUUUUGAAGUUGCUAUUUAUGAUCAAAUGUUAUCUGUUUAUGUGAA